GUUCAUAACUAUUUUCCGUGUGUAGUUGAGUUUCACCGCUGAGAAGAAUCUAUAGGGACCCUCACAUCCACAGGUGUCCUGAGAAGAGGAGGCAUAACAUUUAUUACACCAAUUUUAUAUUCUUUUUAAUUUACUACAAUUAGUGUUUUUUUAAUCAAAUAUUUUACUCAUAAACAAGUACUUAGUACGCAAGUAGUAACAGUGUUAUUUGUCUCUUGAUCUCUCUCUUUGAUUGCUUUGAAGUUAUCACUUCCAUAUUACUACACUACUAAUGGUCCCACCGACUCUUGUCUUCAUUUCCGAUCUGAGUCGGAUCUAAUCUCUUCUUCUUCUUCCUCGUGUUCAUCUUUCUCUCUCUCUCUCACUCUUGUUAAAUCUGCAUUUAAGAUUUUUUUCUGCUGAGUGAACCAAAAUUAUUUAUUAGUUUUCAUUAUUGACAAGUCUUCCCCUUUUUUGUUCAAAGUCUUCAACUUUGAAAAGAUAUUGGUUUUUUUACUUUAGAGAACUGUUUGUCCACUGGAAGCAGCAAGCUUGAAAAAGGUGGAUCAUCAUUGGGAAUUUAACAACAAUUUUGUGUUGUGGGUUAUCUUCACUUUUCUGGUUCUUGUACUGAACAUUAAUGGGGGAUAUGCAAGUUGGUGUUGCCACUAUUGACGAUAAGGGAUUUUAUGGCUUGAUGGAGGAUAAUCCGGUAAACGCGGUGGCUUCAUCGAAUCCGAGCCUGCAAGUGUCGGUUUCAUUUGGUAGGUUUGAGAAUGAUUCACUUUCAUGGGAGAAGUUCUCAGCUUUCUCUCCAAACAAGUACUUGGAGGAAGUUGGAAAGUGUGCUACUCCAGGAUCAGUUGCUCAAAAGAAGGCUUAUUUUGAAGCUCAUUAUAAGAAGAUUGCUGAGAGGAAAGCUGAGAUCAUUGAUCAGGAGAAACAAAUGGAUAAAAAUGCAUCUUUUAGAUCUAUUGUUUCAGAUCAAGGGAGUGUGGAACGCGAAAAUGGCGGGUUGGUGGUAGAUUCUGAGGUUGAUGAUGGAUCUAAUGGGCAAUUUACUUGUGAUGAAGAUAAACAUGUGACUGACAUUGCUGCUGAAGUGAAUGAACUGAGUUUUGAUGAGAGUAAUGAAGAAACAAUCGUUGUCAAGGAAUGUCAAAGCUCGGUUGAUCAGGUGAAAGAAGAAGUCAAGGAUACUGUGGAUAGUCCAGUGUUGGAGAAAUCAGCAGAGAUUGGUCUUAUGGAUAAGAAAUCAGAAGUGGUCGUCCAUACACAGGAGAAACCAGAAGAGGUUUUACAAGUGGAUGAGAAAGAAGAGACAGAAGUAAGAGAAGAAGUGAGAGACAACAUUUCAUUACCAAAUGAUACUGAGGAUACAAAUGAAACGCCAAUGAAGGUGGUGAAGAAAGAGAAAAAGCCUAAUCUAAUCAAGAAGAAUGAUGGAAAUGUGCGGAUUAAUCCUACGAGAGGCUCUCCUAAGCCUAAUCAGGUGACGAAGAAACCGGAAACUAACAAGAUUGUAAGGAAAACUCCACCGAGCAAGGAAAUCAGAAACAUGAUGAAGGCAACAAAGAAACCAGCUACACCAAUCUCAAAAGCCCCACAAGGGUUUUCAGCUCCAAGAGUGUACAAGCCAGCUCCACAAAAAACUUCAUUGUCUACAUCUCACUCUUCGAUGAAGAAGGAAAAGGUCUCGCCUUUACUGAGUAAAAAACAAACCGCUCCAAAGUCAUUGCAUAUCUCUAUGAAUCUGGAUCCACCUGCUUCCGAUCCUACUGCUCUUACAAGCACUAGAAAAUCAUUGAUUAUGGAGCGAAUGGGAGAUAAAGACAUUGUCAAACGUGCAUUUAAAUCAUUUCAAAAGAGUUUCGACUUCAAGUCUUCUGACGAUGUGAUAAACACAGCAGUAAAGCAGAAUCCUGCAAAGCCAACUAGUAUUCCAUCAGUAGCUACUCGUCAGAAGGAAAAUGGCAGGCCUACAAAAGCAAGUAGCAUGGAGAAGAGAAGUGGUACUACCGCCUAUCGUUCUCCAUCUCAUGGACUCAAAAGCAAUGAGACCACUGAGAAACAAAAGAAGGAGCUUUCCAAGUCUGGUGCAAGACCUGUAGAGAAGACAGGCUUGCAGAAGAACCCAAAGGCAGGCGGAGUGAUUGAUGUCAAAACCCGGAGGGACUCUCUUAAUCCGAAAGCAAAACCUGUGCAGGGUUCUCUUCCAAUGCGGACCUUACCGAAAAGCAGUUUAGACAAGGUUUUAUGAUAGUUAUAUCGAUCCGGUUUUUAGUCUAAUCUUCUGGCAAAGAUCGCCACCAAUGUUGUUUCAUCAGUCUUGAGGUAAAGAGCCAAUGAUCUUGUUGUUAUAUAGAAAAGUCUCUAGUUGCCAGUAUUUAGUUGUGGAAGGAGUAAUAAGAGUAAGAAGAGAUGGUUAGAUUUUUCAGUUUCCUAUGUAUGUGUAUAGAACCCAAUGAUUAUGUUGUUCUGAUAAUAGACGUGUAUUGAUUCAAUCUUGUUAAUGUUCAGCAGAUAAUUUACACAGUUA